CUCGCUAAUAUUAAAUAAAUAUGUUGCUUGUACUAAAGGAGAAUGAUACAAUGGGGGUUAACAGCAUUGAUAGUUCUAGCGGUAAUCCUGGAUCAAGGAAGCAUGGGACAGUGGCCAAACAGUUUUAACACAGGAUUUGGACCUGACCUUCCCAAUGCCCGAGCUCCAGCACAAGCAACUACCUUUGAGAUUAAAGCCAGUGAACCUAAUGGUGGUAAAGAAACCAAAGCUUUCUUUACAUUGGACAAUUUUGGAUCUCUGGUUGGUGGAGGUCCAAUGCCUGCACCCCCGGCCCAAGAGGGUAAUAACAAAGCUCCUGGUUUAACGGGACCAUCUGGAUUUAAUGUUCAAUCUGGGCAAAAGGGACCGUCAGGAUUAAAUGGGCAGUCGGGAUUAAAUGGACAACAAGGAAGCAAUCCUCAAUUAGUUCAACCUGGCCAACCUCGUCCACCUGCUCAAUCAAGUCAGGCUGGUAAUCCAAACCAACCUGGCAAUCCUAAUCAACCUGGCAAUCCUAAUCAACCUGGCAAUCCAAACCAACCUGGCAAUCCAAACCAACCUGGCAAUCCUAAUCAACCUGGUAAUAUGCAACAACCUUUUCAACCCAGACCAGCCCUGAACCCUGCCAAACCAGUGAGCCCUGUUCAAACUCAACUUGGCUCCUCCCCUGUAGCUGCAGCAUACCCCUAUGAUCAGUUUGGUCCCUGGUAUCCAUAUCCAACAAAUCCUUCAUAUGCUGACAAUCAAAUACCUAAAGGAACACAAGAAAAUUCAAAACAGUCCCAGCUGCCAAUAAGCUAUCCAUAUUACUCUACACAGGCAGCAUAUCCUCAAUUCUUUGGACAGCAACAAGCAAUGUCAGCUCUCACUGGACCCACACCUUCUCAACAACCACCACCAGCUAUUCAAUAUCCUGGUCAAUAUCCACCUCUGUCGAUGCCUCAAUAUCCACCUGUGUCUCCAGCACAAAGAUUUCCAGCAGUCCCUGCUUCUAAAGGAGCACCAGCAAGUUUAGUUUCACCCCAAUCUCUAGAAGACGGGCAGUUCCAGGAAAAUCUGGUUGAUCAAUGGUAUCAGAACUACUACCCAACUGAUCCUUCUAGAUAUUCUCCCUCAGUACAAAACCCAUUUUCUCAGCAGCCCGGUCAGCCUGGUUCAAAUGCAGCGAGGCCCUGGUACGAGGACAUUUUAAAUGAAAAUGACCUAUCUUUGUUCACACAAAGAUUUGGAAAUGUCCAGCAACCGACCAAAAAUCAAGUUUCUGAAUAUCAAAAAAAUCCUUUCACAACAGAUCCAAAUAUACCAAACAAAUGGCAACAGUCAAUAGUGCAACCAUAUCCUGCAGUUCCUUUCCGACCAGAUAUGUCCAAAGAGGAAUGUAUUACGACUGAUGGUGAACUCGGAGAAUGUCAAUCUGCUGAGAUGUGCGGUUAUACCAAUGGAGUUGUCAAUGGACAAUGCCACCAGGGGAUGGUUGGAUCAGCUAAGAGCAGAGUAUGCUGCAUUUAUCCAUCUUUUUGUGGGUUUGAAACCAACAGGGAGGUUACCUACUUUAAGAACCCUGGGUAUCCUAAAUACAUAAAUAACUCGGAAGAAUGCCAUUUUAGAGUCAGUUUAUUGCCUGGAGUUUGUCAGCUUAGAAUAGAUUUUGUAGACCUAACCCUCAAACCCAUAACGAAUGGAUUUUGUGAUCCCGAAAACCAGAUUUAUAUCAGCAGUCCACGGAAGCAAGCGUUUAUUCCACUGAAAAAUGUUUGCGGCAAAGUGCAUGACGAAGACGAGGAUCCGACUAGAACAGACUUAAGUCAUCUUUACAUUCACAUGGAUGAAAUACCUCUGGACUCGAAAUAUGUUUCACCCCCUAAUGUUCCAAAGCCAUGGGUUGACCUAAAGGUUAAGGUCAAAAACUUUCCUUCCAGAUGGAAUAUCCGAUUAUCUCAGAUUGAAUGUGAUGGAGCUCCUCUUCAAGCACCCUCUGGUUGUAGUCAGUGGUACAACAGUGUGUCCGGGAACCUGACCAGUAUGAACAUCAACGACAUGAACUAUCAGAACAAUAUCAAGAUGAGUCUCUGCAUCAAACCAGAUCCGUCAGCUUGUGCAAUCAGAUACUUGAUAAAGGAGAUGAGUAUUGGUUCUGUCCGAAACAAGAAGGAUAAUAAACCCCAGUUAGGAUACGGGCUCACGUGUCAGGAUUAUCUAUCCUUUAACGGUCUACAGAGCAGUAUAUGUGGUUCAACCAUUAACAGGGAAAUUAUUUUACCAGUCGAUGGGCCUCAGGGAUUCAGCCUGGUGACGGACGGAUUGUAUCAGGGUGGGACAGAUACAGGGUUCAGGAUUGAUUAUUCAUUUCUCCAUACUUGUGAUCCUUCUGCAUUCUUCAAGUUCCCAACCGCUAAAUAGAUUCUUUUAUAACGACUGUUUUUAUGUAUGAAAUACAUGAAAUGGAUUUUUGAAAAUUUUAAUCCCUUAUUGCAGACUAAAUAAAUAUUACUAGUUUUCUCAUA